AUUCCCAGGAAGGCGGCGGAGGAGUCGGGUGCAUUGGAGGCCAAAUUGACUGUCCAUGAACCGCUGGUGGUUGGCAUCAUGGAGUCGGGUCGAGGCAAACCCAUCUGGACAUGGGAGGACGUCAACGCUGCCCCUGGCAGUGGGUGA